AAUCCCACAAAGAAUAAGAGUCACCUAAAACAUUUUAUUUUUCAACGGCUUUACCUGCUUUCUUCUGUAACACUUGCCAAGGGAAAAUACGCCAAUUCCUAUCGCAAAAACGCCUGAUUCUUCCCGAUUUCAAAUUUUUCUCUCAAUUUCAUUUGUCAUAAUUCUUUUUCCUAUGAUAAUUUAUUUAUUUCUUCUCAGUAAUCAUUUGAAUUUAGAAUCAAUAAAUCGUUAUCUACAAUUAGUUGUGUAAAAAUUGGGGAAAAAACCAGCAUUUCAAAUUUUGAAUUGAGAUAAAUCAUUUCAAUAAUUCUUGAUCGGGAAUUCGCAAUGUUUUCGAAAUUCUUCCAUAAGAAUUCAUCUGAUAACCAGCAUAAGGCUCUGAUCGACUUAAACCCACAUGUCAUUGCUCACUAUGGAAUUCCUUCGGCAGCUUCUCGUCUUGCUUAUGAUUCAAUUCAGCAGCUUUUAGCAAUUGGGACGUUAGAUGGAAGGAUCAAAGUUAUCGGCAGUCAUAAUAUCGAAGGCCUGUUGACAUCUCCCAAGGAAAUACCUUUCAAAAACUUAGAGUUCCUCGAAAAUCAAGGUUUCCUUAUUGCUGUUUCAAACGAAAAUGAUAUUCAGGUUUGGGAUCUUGCCCACAGAUGCAUAGCCACCGUGUUGCAAUGGGAUUCAAAUAUAACUGCCUUUUGUGUGAUCGAAGGAACAAACUAUAUGUAUCUAGGAGAUGAUUGUGGAUUGGUCUCUGUUCUAAAGUAUGAUGUUGAAGAGAGAAAGAUAUUGCGGCAGCAGUAUAGCAUAUCAGCCGUUGCAGUUUCUGAGGCUGCUGAAAUUCCACUGCAUAAUGAUCAAGCUGUUGUUGGAGUUCUUACUCAGCCCUAUACAGGGGCAAGUAGAUUGCUGCUUGCAUUUGAUAAUGGAGUUAUUGUUCUUUGGGAUAUCACUAAAGAUCAGCUGGUUCAUGUUAGAGGAUGGAAUAAUCACCAAGUGAAUGAUGGGCAUGGGGAUAGUUCUGAAAUUUCUCGGAUCAAUGAAGGAAAAAAUCAACUGGGUCACGAACAAACGGAUAAAGAAAUUAUCUCACUUUGUUGGGCGUCUUCAGAUGGAUAUAUUCUUGCUGUUGGCUAUGUUGAUGGGGAUAUUGUGUUCUGGAACUUGUCUGAUGUCACAACAAGCAAAGAUCACAAAGCUGGAGCACCAGCUAAGGUGACCAAACUUCAAUUAUCAUCAGCUGAGAGAAGGUUUCCUGUGAUUGUUUUGCAUUGGUCAGCGAAAGGUGUACAUGAUUAUCCUGGUGGUCAGCUCUUCGUCUAUGGUGGCGAUGAAAUUGGAUCAGCUGAAGUUCUGACGAUCUUGAGUCUUGAAUGGUCGCCUAAGAGAGAUGCUUUGAAGAAUGUCAUUCGUGCGAAUGUCACUCUACAAGGUUCAUUUGCAGAUAUGAUAUUGCUUCAUAGCUUUAGUGUGGUGGAGGAUAUGGAUACCACAUCAUUAUUUUUAUUGACCAGUCCUGGACAGCUGCAAUAUUACGACAGCCCUUCCUUGUCGCAAUUGAUCUCUCAUCAAGAUAAAUCUUGUACCAUUCCUCUCGCAUACAGUAGUAUUGUUCCAACAACUGAACCAUACUUGACUAUUGGGAGGUUCAUUUCGAUACAUGGAAAUAUUGAGCUUUUGGCAGCUUUAUCAGAGAUGGCUUCAGCUGUGGAGUUGCAAGAAACAAAUUUGUCUUGUGAGAAGAGCUCAAAGUGGCCAUUAAACGGCGGAGUUCCCUGUCAUCUGUCACUUCUCGGGGAGAGAAAAGUUGAAAGACUCUAUAUAGCUGGGUACCAAGAUGGAUCAGUUCGAGUAUGGGAUGCUACAUAUCCGAUACUGUCACCUAUUUAUCUAUUAGAUCCGGAGGUCAAAGGCAUCACUAGUGCUGGUGUUAACGGAUCCGUUUCUGCUGUGGACUUUUCUUCUGAAACACUAAAGAUAGCAGUUGGGAACGACUGUGGCGCGGUUCAUGUUCACAAUCUUACUAGAAAUAUCAACGAAACCAGCUCACAUGUUGUGUCUGGAAUCCAGAGUGAAGUCAGCAAUUUUGAUCAGGAAAAUGGAUCUCACCACUCAGCUGUGUUUACAUUAAGUACGUUUCCUGUAUGCACCUUGAGAUACACAAAUCUCGGAGCCAGACUAGCUGUUGGAUAUGAAAAUGGGCAGGUUGCUAUGCUUAAUAUAAGCUCGUCAAGUGUCUUAUUUUUCAUAGAUACUCUUUCAAGCCCAAGUUCCCAUGUGGUCUCAUUUUCACCAGCAAUAUCUUCAGAAAUAUAUGGAUUGACAUCCAUUUUUGAUCAAUCCACACUUCAUGAAAAGACUCGGAUUAAAGAGAUUAUAUUUGCCUUAACAAAGGAUUUGCAUAUUUCAGUUGUAGAAAGUUCCAACGGAAAUGUGAUUGGCUCUGUCUCUAAAGAUCAUAAGGAAUCAACUGCAAUUUCUAUGCACAUUCUUGAGGGAACUAAGUGCAUCACUGAAGUCUCUGGUGGGAAACAGGAGCACAGUGAAGAAGCUAAAGCAUCUGAAGGAACUUUUGAUAGCGUUGACCGAUAUUCUGAUCUUUUGCCAAGUUGUAAGGACUUGCAGAUUUUAAUCUGCUGCACCGAUGUCUUAUUGUUGUACUUUUUGAAGUCCGUGAUUAAGGGGCAUGCUGAUUCAAUCUGUGAGGUUCAUCUUCCAAACACCAGCUGUUGGACAACCGUUUUCAAGAAAGACGAGGAGGAGGAUGUGCUGCUUGUAUUUUAUCAGACAGGUUCAAUGGAGAUUAGGUCUUUGCAAAAUCUUGAAGUUUUGGGAGAAGUCUCUCUACUGUCCAUUCUGCGAUGGAACUUCAGGACCAAUAUGGAUAAGACAAUGGCUUGCACAGAAAAGGGCCAGAUUACUUUGUUGAAUGGAUGUGAAUUUGUCAUUCUGUCUCUUUUGGCUCAUGAAAAUGAUUUCAGGAUCCCACAAUCUUUACCGUGUUUGUAUGAUGAGGCCCUGGCAGCUGCUUUAGAUCUAAGCUCUCCGAAUGAUAAGAAAGAUAAGGAAACAUCUUCAGGAAUUUUUGGUGGAAUAAUAAAAGGCUUAAGAGCAAGUACAGAAGAUCAGAAUACAAAUCUCAAGGAGAGUCCAAAAUUUCUCCGAUCAGCAUUAGAUAAAGUAUUUGCUGGUCUUAAAUUAGACUCUUCUAUAGCCGUUAAAGAUUCUGAAAAGGCGGUUGAGCUCAACAUUGAUGAUUUAGAAAUUGAUGGGCCUCUGAAUGUCUCUCCAAUAGUUCACAAAAGCAAACAUGAAAAUAUAGAUAAGAGCACAGAAAGGAAAAAGUUGUUUGAAGGUGGAACCUCUGAAACAAAGCCAAAACAGAGAACAAUCGAAGAAAUCAAGGCCAAGUACAGAAAGGCUGGGGAUACGUCCUCGUCUACAGCGUCUGCUGCCUCUGCGGCAUCUGAAGCAAGAAACAAGCUUUUGGAAAGGAAAGAAAAGCUUGAGAGAAUUGACAAGAACAGUGAAGAGCUAAGAAAUAAUGCUGAAAACUUUGCCUCAAUGGCCAAAGAACUGGCAAAGAAGAUGGAAAAUCGCAAGUGGUGGCAGUUAUAAUCGAAUCUCGUAUCCACAUCAAUUUUUAUAUAAUUUUAAAUUCAUUUGAAGACGGGUUUUGUUACAAAGUCGGAUAAAAUAUUCUUACCUACAUUCUGGUCAUUGGGUUGAUUUCGGAUCGGACUAAAAUCGAAUUUUGCUUUCACAUUGUUUUUUACAUGAUUGUAAAUUUAUUUUUUAGUUGAAUCAAAUCAGAUUUAAUUAUAAAGUUGAAUGAAUAUAUAUUAAAUUAUCAGGUCUAUUUUAAACCUCUGUAUCGCUGUACGGCCAUGCUUCUUUAUAAAUUCUAUGUCUACGUAUCACCUUUUGUUUGUUCUUUACCUCAGGCUCUUACUAAUCUACAACUACUUAUUAAUGGCUAGAAUAACACGAUCAGAAUUAUAAGUUAACCUAAUAAUUGAUUAUUAAUUGCUUUUUGUUUCACCUUCUUUUUAUUGAUAAGAAUUCUCUAGCCUACCAUAAAUUAAAAAAGAAAAUUAAUAAAAAUAAAGUGUACUUUCUCUGUACCUUUAAAAUUGUUACACUUUUCUUUAAUUAAUGCUCACUCACAUAUUUUAUUUUUCUAUUAAUAUUAUCUACACAAUAUAAAAAUCCCCGUUAUUUUUAAACUUAGUGUUAAAUACUCUUGU